AUGGCCGAGGCCGGCCUGGACGAGUUCCGCCGCCGCUGGCGGGAGGAGCUGGCCCUCCGAGAGGGGCCGGCCAAGAGGCGGCGGAGCGGAGAGGGGCCGGCGGGGGCGGCCAGGGAGCCUGAGCAGGUGUCGCAGCGGGGCAGCUGCGGGGCCGUGCGGGCCGCCCCCGGAGGUGCCCCUGCCCAGCCGCCCGGGGCUGCUCUGGGCUACUUCGAACUGGCCAAGUGCCUCCUGGAGGGCGGGGAGUGCCCGCUGGCCCCGCCCCCGCCCCGGACCGCCGAGGAGCUCUCCUGCCCCAGCGGGGAACGGGUCCCCCAGACCCCCGAGGCCCCGCAGCCCGAGCACCCGGAGAGCGCUGGCGGCGACCGGCUGUUGGAGCAGCUCAUCCGAGACCUGAAUGAAAUCAACGAGAUCCCCUUCUUCGACAUCCAGCUACCUUAUGAACUGGCAGUAAAGAUAUUUCAGUAUCUGGGCAGGGCUGAGCUGGGAAGGUGUGCUCAGGUGAGCAGGACGUGGAAGGUUCUCGCAGAAGAUGAAGUGUUGUGGUACACGUUGUGCCAACAGGAAGGAUACCUUCCAGGGACCAGCAUCUCUGACUGCUCCUGCUGGAAACUUGUCUUCCAAGAAUCCCGGGCCAAGGAACACACGUUACGGACCAACUGGAAGAAUCGCAAUGGUGCCGUGAGCCAGCUACAGUAUGAGCUUGGUAAAGUUCUAUGCGAUGUCCAUUCCUGUGACGGGGUUGUUAUUGCUGGAUAUACAUCAGGGGAUGUGCGGUUGUGGGACACUCGCACCUGGGACUACACAGCCCCCAUCCUGGAACCAAUGCAUGGCGCUGCUGAGCCUGGAUCUCAGCCACUUGUCUCCUUUGUGAGGAUAAACAACUCUCUGGCUGUAGCAGCUUAUGAGGAUGGGACUGUUAAUGUUUGGAGUCUGAUGAUUGGCCGUGAUCCCGUCCAUUGCUAUCAACAUAACCUAAGAAUUCAGGCACUGGCACUCAGCCUAGAGGGGGCCACAAUUGCUACGGCGUCUGGCUUUGAGGUCAGAGUGGAAUGCCCCAAUGAGAAGGGAUAUUGGGAAACAGCGGCUCAUUUUGAAGUUCAGAAGAUGGUCAACUUUCUUCAUCUGAUUCCAGAUGCUGGAAGGCAUCCUGUUGCAGUUGCAGCUGCUGAAGAUGUUGUAUACCUCCUGAAAGCAGACAACCCAAGCCGAGUUCUUCAUUCUGUGUAUGGCCAACCUGUCACCUGUCUGGAUGUCUCUUCUAAGGAGGCAGCCUUUGGCGUAAAAAGCUUAGGGUGGAUGAAUGAAGGAAACAAGGUGCUGCUGUACAGCCUGCAGACGAGUCAGUGCCUGACCACCCUGGGCAGCUCCCUGGGGGACUUCACAUGUGUCAACCUCCGGAACAGCCCCCCACACCUGCUGGUCACAGGCAAUAAGGACAGGAGGGUGAGGGUGUAUGAUCUGCGCAACAGUGCGUCCUUGUGUUCUCUCUAUGCCCACCAGUUAGGAGUCUCUGCUGUUCAGAUGGACGACUGGAAGAUUGUCAGUGGAGGCGAGGAAGGCCUGGUGUGUGUCUGGGACCAGCGGAUGGGCAACAAGCUAUGGGAAAUGCACGCCAGACACCCUGUGCGUCACGUCUGGUUUAAUACACACAGCCUUAUUACAGCCAACAUCCCCGAUGAGAAGAGCCCCCGGGGGGCCAGCAUUCUGGACGAUGACCUGACAGCUCAUCGAAGGCACCGAGGAAUCAUCUAUGCCUAUGAGUUUUCCAUGGACCAGUUAGCUCCUGAAAGCGUUCUUCCCAUUUGCCGCUCAUCCUACGAUGAAGUGGCUGGUUACAACUAUAACAUUGGCCUGGCCGUCCCUUACGACAACAUUUAAGGAACGAUCUCUCCAUUUGGAGCAGAGGGGGCAGGAAGACCUUAGAGCCGCCGCUGCUCGCUGCCAUGUUAGAACCUGCAGAAAACUUGGGCUCUGCCAGGCCGACCCCACUGGCACCUUGGCAGUGAAUGGUUAUCAGAGGACGAGAGGGGUGGUGUGGGGGCCCAAGCCCUCACUUGGGCCAGGGUAGGCCCCGGCAGGGGCAUUCGAGCUCCAGAAUAAAAGAACCCAAGCCAGAGGCAUCUGUGGGCCCUAGGAGAGAAAACACUGGGCCCUGGAAAAGAAUAAUUGAUACACUGAGCUUUGGAUGUGUUCCAGAGCAUCCAUUACAUUAGCCCUCUGGCUUGUGUCCUCCAGCAUAAACCAGCAGCUCUGGGGGGAUCGACUCCCGGGGACUGGCUCAGCUUAUUCAGAAUAAAGAACAUAUUGGUACAUGGACCUUUUAAAAACACUAAGUCUGCAACUGAACGGUUUCAUGCUUUAGAUGAAUUUUUCUUCGUAAAAUAAGCAGCCACAGAAUGGGGUAGCUUUUCUGUUUGGGUCAAGGAAGGUCCUGGGUUUCCUGUCUAGUAAGACAUUCAGGAUGGUUUUCAUCCUGAAGACAAUCAGUUCUAUCCCACAAAGACCUUUUGGUUUUUCAGAUGGAGAGAGAAGGGGAGAAGGAGAGACAGACGGAGGGAGAAAGUGGGGGGAGGGAGAAAUAGAGAGAGGGAGGCAGACAGGUUGCAGCUGAGCUCUGGGGCCCACUUCCCCUCCUGGCAGCUGCUUUGUUUUCUUGCUGAAACAGCACUUUGUUUGAAGAUCACUCUGGGUUUACUUUCCACCCAAAGAUUCCUAGUGUAUCAUCAGCCACCUGAAAUAUAGGGGUGCUGGAAGUAUUAACUGUGUUGGUUUGACCCCUGGCUGACCUUCCUUUAAUAACAUUUGACUUCUGCCACUGUUCUCCCAUGCAUUGUCAUAAUGGGCAAAAGAGAGUGUCUGUUUUCAAAAAGCAGCCCCUGUGGCGUUCUGCGUUUCAUCAUGCUUCUAGCUAUGCAGAUGAGUAAGGCAGUCACUGGCUCGAAUGAAAUUAGGCAGAAUUGGUAUUAAAUCAGGGGUUAGAUAGGAGUUUUACUGAAAAUUAAAAAUGAACCUUAGUUACAGUGUUACCUCUCUACCAGCAACAGUACAAUUCAUAACUAAAUCUGGGUUGAAGUAAUAAAAUUUUCUACCAGUUUUAA